AGCAUUUUUCCUGGACUUGUUCUGCAGAGCGCUCAGAUUUGAAAGCCAUUUCUAGCCUUUGAGGAUUACCACUGUCCUCAGCCAAACUGCGGGGACUCCUAAGUAGAUCAGAGCUCCUGGAACUUUCUCAUCUUUUCAGCAUCUCAACCCUGUGGAAUCUUUUAAUUCUCAAGUGCUACCAGGACAUUUGUGAUGUACUCUGGAAUCCCUCUGGAAGGAGCUGUCCUCACAGCCUGGAGGAUUAGAGGAGUUAAUAAAUAAGCAAACCCAACCUUUCUCCUGAGGAAUUGUGGUCCUCUCUAGAAGCUGGCCUGUGGACCUGAAUUUGCAGGAGAAGCCAGGAGUCAUCUGUGAUGCUCUGCUGAUAGCAUAGAACAGCCCUGACAGGGCCAGGACUACUGCACUUGCACUGCCCUUACUUUGAAGCAGAACCUGUUGAACAUGGGGGGCUACACUGGGAAGAUGUGUGUCAGGGCCAAGGUCCUCUGCCUGAGUCCUGAGAGCAACGCAGAGGCCUUGGAGGCUGCAGUGUCUCCGAUGGAUUACCCCGCGUCCUAUAGUUUUGCAGGCACCCAGCACAUUGGAAGCCCUGCUGCAGUCCCUUGUGAUUAUCUUGCUCGGCUUCAGGUCUCUCUUGAGUAACCUGCUCAGCUGUGAGGUUUUAAAUCUGCUCACAGCCCAGCAGUAUGAGACACUCUCCAGAAGCUUCCACAAAAACAGAGAAUUGUUUGUCCACGGCUUACCUGGCUCAGGGAAGACCAUCAUCGCCAUAAAGAUCAUGGAGAAGAUCAGGAAUGUGUUUCACUGUGAGGAAAAGAGAAUUCUUUACGUUUGUGAAAACCAGCCUCUGAGGAACUUUAUCAGAAAAGAAUUUCUGCUUGGAAAUGGCUUAGCUGCCGGAAAAAUGAACAUCAGUAUUGAUUUAGACACAAACUAUGCUGAGCUGGUUCUAAAUGUGGGAAGAGUCACUCUUGGAGAGAACAAUAGAAGAAAAAUGAAGGAUAGUCAACUGAGAAAACAGCAGAAUGAAAAUGUCUCACGAGCUGUGUGUGCUCUGCUGAAUUCUGGAGGGGGAUUUAUCAAGGCUGAAGUUGAGAAUGAAGACUAUAGUUAUAAAAAAGAUGGAAUAGGACUGGAUUUGGAAAAUUCUUUUAGUAACAUGCUGCCAUUUGUUCCUAAUUUCCUGGACUUCAUGCAGAAUGGUAACUACUUUCACAUUUUUGUGAAAUCAUGGAGCUUGGAAACCUCUGGUCCGCAGAUUGCCACGUUGAGCUCCAGUUUGUACAAGAGAGAUGUAACGUCUGCAAAAGUCAUGAAUGCCUCUGCUGCACUGGAGUUCCUCAAAGACAUGGAAAAAACUGGAGGGAGAGCAUAUUUAAGACCAGAAUCGCCUGCAAAGAGGGCCUGUGUUGAUGUACAAGAAGAAAGUAACAUGGAAGCCUUGGCUGCUGAUUUUUUUAACAGAACAGAACUUAAUUAUAAAGAAAAACUGACCUUUACUGAAUCCACACACGUUGAAAUAAAAAACUUCGCGACAGAAAAGUUGUUACAACGAAUUACAGAGAUUCUUCCUCAAUAUGUUUCUGCAUUUGCAAAUACUGAUGGAGGAUAUUUAUUCGUUGGUCUAAAUGAAGAUAAAGAAAUAAUUGGCUUUAAAGCAGAGAAGAGUUAUCUUACUAAGUUAGAAGAAGUAACAAAAAAUUCCAUUGGGAAACUGCCUGUGCAUCACUUUUGUGUGGAGAAGGGGACGAUAAAUUACUUAUGCAAAUCCCUUGGAGUAUAUGAUAAAGGAAGGCUUUGUGGAUAUGUGUAUGCACUCAGAGUGGAACGCUUCUGCUGUGCAGUGUUUGCUAAAAAGCCUGAUUCCUGGCACGUGAAAGAUAACAGAGUUAAGCAGUUGACUGAGAAGGAAUGGAUCCAGUUCAUGGUGGAUUCAGAAUCAGUAUGUGAAGAACUGCCCUCUCCAGCAAGUACAUCAUCACCUGUCUCCCAGAGCUGUCCUCUUUGUGAAUAUAUUAACUUCAAAAUUCAGCCACUGAGAUAUCACCUUCCAGGGCUAUCAGAAAAGAUAACUUUUGCUCCAAAAACCCUCUGCAGAAAUCUGUUCUCACAACAUGAAGGACUUAAGCAAUUAAUAUGUGAAGAAAUGGGCUCUGUCAGUAAGGGCUCACUGAUCUUCUCUAGGAGCUGGUCUCUGGAUCUGGGCUUGCAAGAGAACCACAAAGUCCUCUGUGAUGCUCUUCUGAUUUCCCAGGACAAGCCUCCAGUCCUAUACACCUUCCACAUGGUACAGGAUGAGGAGUUUAAAGGCUAUUCUACACAAACUGCCCAAACUUUAAAACAGAAGCUGGCAAAAAUUGGUGGUUACACUAAAAAAGUGUGUGUCAUGACAAAGAUCUUCUACUUGAGCCCUGAAGGCAAGACAAGCUGCCAGUAUGAUUUAAACUCGCAAGUAAUUUACCCUGAAUCCUACUAUUGGACAACAGCUCAAACAAUGAAAGACUUGGAAAAGGCCCUUUCAAAUAUCUUACCUAAGGAGAAUCAAAUCUUUUUGUUUGUUUGUUUGUUUCGUUUUUGUUUGUUUGUUUGUUUGUUUGUUUUUUUCUUGAGAUGAGUCUCACUCUGUCGCCCAGACUGGAGUGUAGUGGCACGAUCUCGACUCACUGCAACUUCUGCCUCCUGGGUUCAAGCAAUUCCCUGCCUCAGCUUCCCGAGUAGCUGGGAUUACAUGUGCCUGCCACCACACCUGGCUAAUUUUUUUUUUUGUAUUUUUAGCAGAGACGGGGUUUCACCAUCUUGGCCAGGCUGGUCUUGAACUCCUGACCUCAUGAUCCACCCCCCUCAGUCUCCCAAAGUGCUAGGAGUACAGACAUGAGCCACCGCACCCGGCUGGAGAAUCAAUUCUUUUACAGACCAAUAAGCCUUUGACAUUUCCAGCAUCUCCCAGAUAAUCAGUAUAGAUAAGGAUGUUUAAAUCUUGUCCAAUGCUCACUUGAAUCAUGGAAGAUGGACUGGGCUACAGAGAUACUUUUCAUUAUAUAUUCGAUAACAUUCUCUAAUUCUCUAAAAAUACGUCUUUGAAAACUUUACAAGUUAAGCAACUUGACGUGAUGUUGGAAAACUGGGAUUAGCCUAUGUUCACUUCUUCCUAAGUUCUUUAUAGAUAUUCCUUAAGGGAUAUUAGGAAAAUUAAUUACCUACACAUGUUUUGCCAUACCAAGAUGUCAUUUGACUAUAAAGGAAAUAUCAGACAUUCUUAUCCAAUGGACAUGGAAAACAUAGUUCUCUAAUACCUUCUUGAAAACUACAUUGCAAUGAAAUUCAGCCAAUGAAGAGAUUAAUCAAAAUGGAGAACUUGCCGAGUUGGGUGGAUCACUUGAGGUCAGGAGUUGAAGACCAGCCUGGGCAACAUGGUGAAACCCAGUCUCUACUAAAAAUAUAAAAAUUAGCCAAGUGUGGUGGCACACACAUGUAGUCCCAGCUACUUGGGAGGCUGAGGCAUGAGAAUUGCUUGAACCCAGGAAGUGGAGGUUACAGUGAGCCAAGACCACACCACUGCACUCCAGCCUGGGCAAGAGAGCAAGACUCUGUCAUCUCUGUGCAAAUAAACUAGAAAAUCUAGAAUAAAUGGAUAAAUCACUGAACACAUACAACCUCCCAAGACUGAGCCAGGGAGAAGUCAAAUCCCUGAACAGAUCAAUAACAAGUUCUGAAAUUGAGGCAGUAAUUAAUAACCAAAAAAAGCCCAGGACCAGACAGAUUCACAGCUGAAUUCUACCAGAGGUACAAAGAGGAGCUGGUACCAUUUCCACUGAAACUAUUCCAAACAAUAAAAAAGGAAAGACUCCUGCCUAACUCAUUUUAUGAAGCCAGUAUCAUCCCUGAUACCAAAACCUGGUAGGGACACAAUAAAAAAAGGAAAACUUCAGGCCAAUAUCACUGAUGAACAUCAUUGCAAAAAUCAUCAAUAAAAUACCGGCAAACCGAAUCCAGUGGCAUGUCAGAAAAGCUUAUCCACCACGAUCAAGUUGGCUUCAUCCCUGGGAUGCAAGGCUGAUUCAACAUACACAAAUCAAUAAAUGUAAUUCAUCACAUAAACGGAAACGAUGACAAAAACCAUAUGAUUAUCUCAAUAGAUGCAGAAAAAGACUCUGACAACAUUCAACCAAUGAAUCCCUUUAUGUUAAAAACUCUCAAUAAACUGGGUAUUGAUGAAACAUAUCUCAAAACAGUAAGAGCUAUUUAUGACAAACCCACAGCCAAUAUCAUACUGAAUGGGCAAAAGCUGGAAGCAUUCCCUUUGAAAACUGGCACAAGACAAGAAUGCCCUCUCUCACCACUCCUAUUCAACAUAGUAUUGGAAGUUCUGGCCAGGGCAAUCAGGCAAGAGAAAGAAAUAAAGGUAUUUGAAUAGGAAGAGAGGAAGUCAAAUUGUCUUUAUUUGUAGAUGACAUGAUUUUAUAUCUAGGAAAUCCCAUCAUCUCAGCCCCCAAAUUCCUUAAGCUGAUAAGCAACUUCAGCAAAGUCUCAGGAUACAAAAUCAAUGUGCAAAAGUCACAGGCAUUCCAUUACACCAACAAUAGACAAGCAGAGAGCCAAAUCAUGAGUGAACUCACAUUCACAAUUGCUAAAAAGAGAAUAAAAUACCUAGAAAUACAGCUAACAAGGGAUGUGAAGGACCUCUUCAAGGAAAACUACAAACCACUGCUCAAGGAAAUAAGAGAAGACACAAACAAAUGGAAAAACAUUCCAUCCUCAUAAAUAGGAAGAGUCAACAUCAUGAAAAUGGCCAUAUUGCCCAAAGUAAUUUAUAGAUUCAAUGUUAUUUCCAUCAAACUACCAUUGACAUUCUUCACAGAAUUUCAUAUGGAAUCAAACGAGAAUUAAAUGAAAUUAAAUUUCAUAUGGAAUCAAAGAAGACCUUGUAUAGCUAAGAUAAUCCUAAACAAAAAGAACAAAGCUGGAGGCAUUAUGCUACCUGACUUCAAACUAUACUACAUGGCUACAGUAACCAAAACAGCAUGGUACUGGUAUAAAAAGAGACAUAUAGACCAAUGGAACAGAACAGAGACCUCAGAAAUAACACUACACAUAUAUAACCAUCUGAUCUUCUACAAACCUGACAAAAACAAGCAAUGGGGAAAGGAUCUUCUACUCAACAAAUGGUGCUGGGAGAACUGGCUAGCCAUAUGCAGAAAACUGAAACUGGAUCCCUUCCUUACACCUUAUACAAAAAUUAACCCAAGAUUGACUAAAGACUCAAACUGAAAACUGAAACUGGAUCCCUUCCUUACACCUUAUACAAAAAUUAACUCAAGAUAGAUUAAAGACUUAAACGCAAAACUCAAAACCAUAAAAACUCUAGAAGAAAACCUAGGCAAUACCAUUCAGGACAUAGGCAUGGGCAAAGACUUCAUGACAAAAACACCGAAAGCAAUUGCAACAAAAGCCAAAAUUGACAAAUGGGAUCUAAUCAAACUAAAGAGCUUCUGUACAGGGAAAGAAACCACCAUCAGAGUGAACGGACAACCUACAGAAUGGGAGAAAAUUUUUGCAAUCUACCCAUCUGACAAAGGUCUAAUAUCCAGAAUGUACAAAGAACUUAAACAAAUUUACAAGGAAAAAACAACCCCAUUAAAAAGUGGAUAAAGGAUAUGAAUAGACAUUUCUCAAAAGAAGACAUUUAUACAGCCAACAAACAUAUGAAAAAAAACUCAACAUCACUUAUCAUUAGAGAAAUGCAAAUCAAAACCACAAUGAGACACCAUCUCACACAAGUCAAAUGGUGAUUAUUAAAAAGUCAAGAUAAAAGAAAGAUUAUUAAAAAGUCUCCACUGCAUGGUGAGGCUGUAGAGAAAUAGGAAUGCUUUUACACUGUUGGUGGGAAUGUAAAUUAGUUCAACCAUUGUGGAAGACGGUGUGGCAAUUCCUCAAGGAUCUAGAACCAGAAAUACCAUUUGACCCAGCAAUCCCAUUACUGGGUAUAUACCCAAAGGAAUAUAAAUCAUUCUACUAUAAAGAUACAUGCAGGCUGGGCGUGGUGGCUCAUGCCUGUAAUCCCAGCACUUUGGGAGGCUAAGGCGGGCGGAUCACCUGAGGCCAGGAGUUUGAGACCAGCCUGGCCAACAUGGUGAAACCCCGUUUCUACUAAAAAUACAAGAAUUAGCCGGGCGUGGUGGUAGGCGUCUGUAAUCCCAACUACUUGGGAGGCUGAGACAAACAUGGUGAAACCCCGUUUCUACUAAAAAUACAAGAAUUAGCGGGCGUGGUGGUAGGCGUCUGUAAUCCCAGCUACUUGGGAGGCUGAGACACGAGAAUUGCUUGAACCCGGGAGGCAGAGGUCGCAGUGAGCCAAGAUCACCCCAUUGUGCUCCAGCCUGGGUGACAAGAGCAAAACUCUGUCUCAGAAAAAAAAAAAAGAAGACACAUGGACACAUAUGUUUAUUGCAGCACUAUUUACAAUAGCAAAGGCAUGGAACAAACCCAAAUGCCAAUCAAUGAUAGACUGGAUAAAGAAAAUGUGGUACAUAUACACCAUGGAAUACUAUGCAGCCAUAAAAAGGAAUGAGAUCAUGACCUUUGCAGGGACAUGAGUGAAGCUGGAAGCCAUCAUCCUCAGCAAACUAACAUGGGAACAGAAAAUCAAACACUACAUGUUCUCACUCAUAAGUGGGAGCUGAACAAUGAGAACACAUGGACACAGGGAAAGGAUUAACACACACCAGGGCCUGUUGCAGGGUGGGGAGAGUGAGGGGAGGGAACUCAGAGGAUGGGUCAACAGGUGCAGCAAACCACCAUGGCACAAGUAUACGUAUGUAACAAACCUGCACAUUCUGCACAUGUAUCCCAGAACUUAAAGUAAAAUAAAAAUUAAAAAAAAAAAAAAAAAAAAGAACUUAAAACAGUGGGAGCAUGUUCGCAGUCUUGGAGUCUUUCCAGCCCUGAACCUCGGGCAGCCUGUAUCAGCUGCUGGUGAUGGGUGACCUGGGCAUGGGGAAGACCACUAUCAUCAAACAGUGAGUGCACCAGAACUCCUCCUGGCUGGCACCCUGAAGCCACCAUUGUGUGAACUGUGCAUUCAAGGUGCUACACUGGGACCCAGAGGCCUUGGCACACCUACAGCUGUGGAACAUUGCAAUGAGGAAAGAUUGGGAUAAUGACAAGAGCCUGUUAUCUGGAACUUACAGGUGCAUUUAUUGUCUCCAGUAUCACCAGGCCAACCCCAUUUGAAGCAGAGCUAAAGUGGAAAAAUGAUUUGGACUACACGUUAACUCAUGGCAGACCUAUUUCUGUGGUUCUGUUGGCCAAGAAAUGUGACCAUGGGAGGAUGAACGCAGGAACAACAGCCUCAAGAUGGACCAUAUCUACAUGGAACAUAGUUUUGCAGUAGGAAAAUAUAAACUUCGGUGAAACCUUCAGAUGCCUGAUAAAAUAUUAUAUUAAAAUGUACUCUUGGAGUUUUGAUUUAUGGAGGUGACUGAGUGUCAACACAGACGGACUAGCGCCAUUGAAAAAAGACUUAAUUACUUAUAGUUCCAAGAGAAGGGGACAUGCUCUGUAAUGCAGGGUCACGUGGUAAAGCAUCCAGGUGGUUAAGGAGAGAGGAGCAGAAGUGAGGGGAAAAUCUAAUUCACAACCUUUAUUAUUAGGGUUUCUGUGGGAAAGGUCCAGCUGGGCAGGGGAAACAGCUUAGGACUCGAUAGUUUGAAUAAUUCUGAUGGGCUUUGGGGCCUAGGGACUGUCCCUAGUUGUCCGUUACAUGGCCCUGGGUUUAUGUAGGGUAGGGAAAAUAUUGGCUCAAUGUGUGAGUAGCUUAGAGUAUGAGCUCUGGAUCACAGCGGAGAUGUAAAGAAUGUUGGCCAUUAGUUUGGCCCUGUGAUUAAUGGAUGCCAAAUAGACAAAUACAGAACCUAGGAAAACACAGUAAGACCCAUUGCCCCUGGGCCUAUUUGGCAUCAUUGUAAGAAACCUGGGGUGGUAAUAGUAGACUUAUUUAAAGAAUGGGGUACAAGUUGCCCUAAAUAGCCUAGAAAAUAUUUUAUUGUAAGAGUAAGAUAGAAGAACACAUGUGGAAGUAUAAAGAGCCCUUGUAGGCUGGUCCAUAACUAAGUCAUUCAUUUGUAUGUCAUUAGUCAAGAAAGUAGAUCUGAAAUUUUUGGAGGUUUUUACUAUUAUCUUGGAGUUUUAAAGUGGGUUAAAAGUUUGAAAUACAUAUAUACAUAUAAAAAACAGGUCCUGCAGUCAGGUUGUUGGGGGACAGGAACUAAUACAUUAAUAAUGCAUGUGUAGAUUAGCGUGUGUGUAUAACCAAGGGGAAGGAGUGGCCAUGGUCAGAGACACAGGGCAGGAAGUCACGGGGGAAAGCUUGAGGGGGCGGCAGGGGUAGGCACUGGGGAGUUAGUGGUCCUCUUCCCAGUAGGUUGAGGGAUUGACUCAGGAGGCAAUGGCCUCCAGAGAAAGGCAAUACUAUCCAUUAAUUUUUGUUGUCUUUUUAGACACAGGGUCUUGCCCUUGUCACCGAGGCUGGAGUGCAGUGGUGUGGUCAUAGCUCAUUGCAGCCUUGACCUCCCGACAUCAAGAGAUUCUCCUGCCUCAGACUCUUGAGUAGCUGGGACUACAGGCGUACACCACCAUGCCCAGCUAACUUUUAUAUGUUUUGUAGAGACGGGGUUUCCGCAUGUUGCCCAGGCUGGUUUGAACUCCUGGGAUUAAGCAGUCCUGCCUCAGCCUCCCAAAGUGCUGGAAUUAUAGGCAUGAGUCACUGUGCUUGGCCCUCCAUUAAUUCUUAGAAUGGCAUAGGUAGUGGUAACUACUAUUAAAUUUUCCUUCAGGCAUAGGAGUGUGGGGUGUAUGUUUUGGCAGAGAGCAAGGAGUAUGCCAGGAUGAUAGGCUAAGCAGACAGCACACUCAGAAACAUAAUAGAAUCCCUGAUAUCAAAGGAAAAAAGGCCAAAUAUUCUGUGUGCAGUUUGUGCCUGAGAAGAGACAGUCCAUGGGUGUCACUGGGGUGAAGGUUUUUGUGUUUAGGGUGACGCCAUGUCUGGUGCAGGGGUAAAUUCGUCUCUGAUGGUAAGCUGGAUCGAUGUCAUCUGAGGCAGCAUAAUCUCCAGCAGUGAGUGCCUAUCCAGGAAAAUGUCAUUUAGGAUAUGGGUCUUGAGUAUUUCUUUUAAGUAAAUACAGACUCAGGUUGAUGUGGGUCUUAGCAUUUGCCAUGAUUGAUUAAAACAAUGGCUUGUAUGGAGGGUUGGUGCCUCCAGAUGGUAAAACAACAAAAACACCCAUACCAGUAGUAAGAUCAGCAGGCUGAGCAUGGCAGCUCAUGCCUGUAAUCCCAGCACUUUGGGAGGCCAAGGCAGGUGGAUUGCUUGAGCUCAGGCGUUCAAGACGAGCCUGGGCAACAUGGUAAAACCCUGUCUCUACAAAAAACAUAAAAAAUUAGCUGGGUGUGGUGGUGUGUGCCUGUGGUCGCAGCUACUCGGGAGGCUGAGGUGAGAGGAUUGCCUGAACCCAGGAAGUAGAGUGGGGAGUGAAUCGUGAUCACGCCACUGCACUCCAGCCUGGGUAACAGAGUGACACCUUGUCUCAGACCAAAACAAAAAGCAAAAACAAACAAACAAAACAAAAAAGAUAAACAGAAAACAGAAUGGUGUGCAGCUGCAUUUGACAGAGUUUUGGUUUUUGCUGGCUUGCUUGCUUCAUGGUUGAAGUUUAGGCUUAAAUGGGUCCCAUAUCAGAUAAGCAGCUGCCUAGCCCAUUGGACAAUCACUAUUAAUUUGUCCCCAGAGAAUAUACACACCUGUUGUGGCCUCCUGAUGGGAGGGGUUUGAUAUUGAAAAUCUAUAAAAAUAGGUUAAGGCCUGGGGCAAGAUAAAGACUCAUUGAGAGGUCCAUUUGUUGGACUGGAACUUUAAAAGAAGUUGUUUGGGGAGACUCUUAUGUCUCUCAGUUAAACUGGCUAUUUGGGACCUAUUAGGGUCAUGAAAGUUUUAUUGAAUGCCUGUUUCGGGAGCCCAUUCAGUGUGUAUUUUGCAAUGUGAAAUUUGUGUCUUGGUUAUUACCUUGGUAAUUGUAAGGCCUCAUAUGGUGGCCUUAAUAUACAUAGACACAUGAUUUGGGGUAUCUAAGAGGAAAGAGGUUUUUAGUGUUCCUUAAUCUGAAAGGGACAAUUCAUUAGGCAAUGGCUCAAUUGUUCAUAAGGAAUGUGGAGAUGGGGCCAUUUGUUGGCCAGGGUAUCCAGCAUUCAGUAAUAUUCCACCUAGCUCCAUCACGUAUGGUGGUUGGCAGUGCCAUUCAUAUAGUCUGUGAACUUCUAUUGCUGUUCACUCAGUCAAUCCAAAGGAGCUUUCCAGGUAACCAAGGGGUCUGGGGGAGAGGUGACCUCCUCCAGCACUAUGGCAUCUGGCAAGGGACCAAAGACUGGGGACGUCACUCCCUUCUGUGUGUGAAUAUGCUAGAGAGCCCAGGACUUGGUAGCCUUCUUGGGACAGGUUAGAGACAAACCUGGGCCCUCUGAGAGGCUGAGCUUGCAGGGUGCUGUUUCUAUGACCGAAAGCAUAACAGGUAGCCAGGUAUGGAGGGUCACAGACUCAGAAUCUGUGAGAGCCUCUAUGUCCAGGAGAGCCCAGUAUGGAGCCAGUCAUUUGUGGUUUUAAUGGCAUAUAGCAUGAGGCUGAGAGCCCUCAGGCAAUUCAUAGCCAUCACAGGUGGUCUAGACUUUAGGAGGCAUGAGUAGAGCUUGUUAAAGUCUCUUUAGUAAAGGAAUCAAUGCAGGCACCAAUGGGUCUGUCUGUUGGUAUUAAUUUGGAUAGCUUUUAGAGCCUUUUUGUUUGAGGGUGCCACAUUUAAAGUGGGUUCAUUUGUAAGUUACAGCAUCAAUGAGAUUAAGUAAAAUUUGUAAGUGAAGAAUAUUUUGCCAUGAAAACCCAAAAAGGAUGAAAAGAUGUUGGACUUUUAUAUCCAUAUGAGUAGAUUAAAUGACAUCUCCUUGGAGGAGGUUACUAAUGUAAUAUCACAUCUGUGCUCCCAGAGGAAGGUGCAUGCAGUUAAGAUCUUGUCUGUCCCUGUCUCUUUAAAAAGAAGGCCAUCUGAAAAGGCUAUAUACUGUAUGAUUCCAACUACAUGACAUUCUGUAAAAGGCAAGAUAAUGGAGAGAGUAAAAUGAUCAGUGGUUUCCAAGGAUUAAGGGAGUGGGAGGAAUUAAUAGUUGAACCACAGAGGAUUCUUAAGGCAAUGAAAAUCCUGUAUUUGAUACUAUAUAGUGGGUAUAUGUCAUUGUACAUUUGUCUGAACCCAUAAAAUGUACAAGAAGAAUGAACGCUAAUGUAAAAGUCCCAAUGGAUUUUGAGUGAUUAUGAUGUUUAAUUUAGAUUAAUCAAUUGUAACAAAUGUACCACACUAAUGGGAGAUGUUAAUGGGUGAGGCUAUGCAUAAGUGUGGUCAGUGGGUAAAUGGAAAAUCUUUGUACUUUCCGCUCAAUUUGCUGUGAAUCUGCUGUAGAAAAAUUAAGUAUUAAAAAAGACCUUGUCUGUGAGAUGUGUGCAUGAUGGCAAAAUUGUGAAGGUACUGAAGUGUAGCCUGCAAGAGGUAUAUUGCGUCUCUUCAGCAAUGGAGGCAAACUACAGUGGAGUCUGUUGAAACAGGCAUGGAAUUGAACCUACUGAACAUAUUAGCCAAGUCUGUAAGAACAGGGUAUCUAGCAGUUAUUGAUUGGAUAGAGUUAGUAAUGUUAAUCAUAUUAGAUACUGGGUAUGAGGCCCUAGUCGAUAAGACCAGAACAUUAACGUUGUAGUCCUCCACCGUGAGGUGCCUGCUGCUUAUUAUUUUCCAGGUUUAAGAACAGGCAACACUGGGCUGUUAAAUGGACAAGCAGCAGGGAAUAAUUAUCCCCUUUAUCCCUUUUAUGUUAUAUAAAUGAGGUUUUAUGCAACAACUUUCAAUCCUUCAAGGGACUAUUUUAACUUACAUUGAACCAUAUUAACUAUUUUAACGGGAUUUACAUGAUCCUAUUUUAUCAAGCCAAUUUUUGAGUGCCAAAAAUUUAAUUUUAAUUUGUUAUUUAUUGUGACAUGGAAUCUAUGUUCAAUAUGAGAUACUUUAAAGCACUGAGUACAACAACUAUGAGCAAUUCAAUCAAGAUAUAUAAAAUAAGGCAUAGCUAUUUUUAAAAACCUAUUUAGCUACCUUUUAAAUUUAUAUGGGGUACAAUGUUUAAAUUUGUUGGAACUUCAGGCAUAAAUAUAAUUUGAGUAUUUAUUAAGUCCAUGAGGUUUCUCAAUUGGUGCAUUUUGGCAAAUGUUAAAGUUAAUUUAGAGCUUUCAGUUCUGGCCAGGCGUGGUGGCUCACGCCUGUAAUCCCAGCACUUUGGGAGGCCGAGACAGGUGGAUCACUUGAGGCCAAGAGUUCGAGACCAGCCUGGCCAACAUAUAGUGAAACCUUGUCUCUACUAAAAAAUACAAAAAUUAGCUGGAUGUGGUGGUGCUCUCCUGUAGUCCCAGCUACUUGGGAAGCUGAGGCAGGAGAAUCACUUGAACCCAGGAGGCGGAGGUUGCAGUGAGCCGAGAUUGCACCACUGCACUCCAGCCUGGGUGACAGAGCAACACUCUAUCUGUAAAAAAACAAAAAAACACAAAAACAAAAAACAAACAAACAAAAAACAAACAAAAAACCUUACAGUUCUAAACCCAAUCAUAACCUUAUCUAUCUUUUUGUUAUAUAAAUUCUUUGGUAUAUAAAUUUUGGGUUCCCAAUUGGGUGAAAUUAUGGAUGUUUGUUUUAAUUUAGAUAUAUGUUUGAUAUCUAUAUCUAUGUACAUGUACAAUCUAUUCGUUAUGUCUAUAUUAACCUAAAUGCUCAUCAAUGACAGAUUAGAUAAAGAAAAUGUGGUACAUAUACACCAUGGACUACCAUGCAGCCAUAAAAAAGAACAAGAUCACAUAUUUUGCAGGAACAUGGAUGGAACUGGAGGCCAUUACCCUUAGCAAACUAACUCAGGAACAGAAAACCAAGUCCGGCAUCUUCUCACUGAUAAGUGGGAGCUAAAUGAAAGAACUUAUGAACUCAAAGAAGGAAACAACAGACAC